UUGGCCUUUAGGGGGCAUGAACAUCAUAAAGGUAACCUUGACCAGCUUUUAAAAUACAAAGCUGAAGAUGAUCAAUCAUUCACUAGAUGGUUAUCUGCAAAGAGGGGGGUGCACACAUCCUGGGAUUGUCAAAAUGAGCGUAUAAAUUUGAUGAGUUCAUCGAUUAUCAGGACAAUUGCAGAUGAGAUCCGGUCCCUUCCAGUGUUGCAGUAUUCGAUAAUUAUGGAUGGGACAAGGGAUAUCUCUGGUGUUGAGCAGGAGGCGCUGUGCCUACGUUAUGUUGACACUGAUUUGCUGGUGCACGAAGACUUUAUAGGGUUGUAUGAAACAACUUCUACAACAGGUGAAAACCUUGCCAGAAUCAUUUUGGACGUUCUGUUGAGACUGAAUUUGCCAAUAUCUGGCCUCAGAGGUCAAGCAUAUGAUGGGGCUUCAAAUAUGUCUGGAAAGUACUCAGGUGCCCAGGCUGUUAUUCAGCGAGCACAGCCACUAGCGCCAUAUAUACAUUGUGGAGCACACUGUGUUAAUUUAAUUACACAACAGGCUUGCUCAGCCUCCAGUGUCGUGCGAAAUGCACUUGACUGGAUACAUGAACUUGGUACAUUUUUUGGGCAGUCUGGUAAGCUGAAAGACAAGUUUAAAGCCAUUGUUGCAGCUGAAGGGGAAGGGCCAGCCCUGUCCAUCAGGCCUUUAUGUCCCACUAGGUGGACUGUACGCUCACCUGCUAUCCGUGCUGUUCUCAGCCAAUAUGGGAUGGUACUAAAUGCACUGGAUGAGAUGGCUGCAAGUAAUUCUGGAUCUGCAAGCCGGGCAGAGGGCUUACGUGUUCGACUGCAACAGGGUAAUGUUGUACUGGGACUUCUGCUUGCUUUAGAUGUGAUCAGUGAACUAGAGGUUCUAAUUGCAUCUCUCCAGAAAAAGACUCAGACAGUGGAGGGCAUGCUCUCUGCAGUCUCUCUUGUCCAAGAAAGCUUGAAAUCCAAAAGAAACACUGAACACUUUGAGGCAGUCUUUAAGGAGGCAGGAGACAUGUGUGACAAUCUGUCUCUAGAGACCAUUGUUCCACCACGCACACAUAGGCCCCCUAAGAGAUAUUCUGGGCAGGCUCCUGCAUACACACCUGGAUCAGCUGUGGAUUUUUACAGAGUAGAGUUCUACCGUGUCCUUGACACAGUAGAUGCACAAACUACUGAGAAGUUUAUGCAACCAGGCAUUCAAACUUUAAAAGAACUGGAAAACUCACUCCUGACACCCAUUACAAAUAAUGCAGCAGUUUGUAAAUAUCCUGAACUGAACGAGGAAGUCUUGAAAGUCCAAUUAGCCAUGUUUAAAAACAAGUACAAGGUCAGCACAACUGCAGAUGCUGUGCAUGUUUUGAGAGAAAUGCCCCCUGAAGUCAGGGGCCUAUUUGAUCAGGUAGAGACAUUAGUAAGAUUGUUGAUGGUGGUGCCCAUAUCAUCUGCUGAGGCAGAGCGCAGUUUUAGUGGGUUACGCAGGUUGAAAAAUUGGUUGCGAUCAACCAUGACACAAAAAAGACUCAAUGGCAUUGCUGUGUGCCAUAUUCACCAAGAGAGGCUUGACAGACUGGACAGACAAGAAAUUGCCCAGCUGUAUGUUCAGGGUAAUGAAAGGAGGAGAGAUGUUUUUGGGUCCUUCAUUGAGUAAAUUUGUUUGGCUGCACUAGACGGAAUUUCUCAUACUCCGUAUAGCCUACUUACUUAUUUUUAUUUAUGUAAAUAUGUUGUUGU